UUUGCUCUCGUGACGAGAUCGCUGAGCUUACCCAGCCCGCGUGUCUGUCUCUGAGGCGGUUGUUUGGCGCGUCGAAGCGGCUGCGCUGGGCCGUCAGCCCGCCCCGAGAGGCGCUUGUGUCCCUUCCUCCUCCUUUCCCCGCUGCAGGGCCGGGCCGGGCUCUGGCGGUUGAUUGGGGCGGUCCCAAAGGAGGAGUCCACAGCUUGUUCCGAGCCGCCCGCUUCGUCAGUCAGCCAGUGCCGCUUCCUUUUAUCGGUCGCGCUUGAAGCGUUUAUACGGCCGUUGCCUCGACAGACUUCCUCACCCAACUCAGCUUGCCAUGGCCGCCCGCGGUGGGUUUUCGCUCACGCCGCCGCCCCCGGGAGGGCCCCUGCCGGCUGCCUCCGCGGCGGCUGCCGCCCCUCCUCUCCCCGCCCCAGGACCCGGAGGAGGGCUCUUGCGAGGAUCCAGUCCGGCCGGGGCUACCCCAUACCGGCCCAUGGGGCAUGCCGCUCAGUUCCAACGCCCUGGGAUGCUGCCUGGUGGCCGGAUGCCCAUGGCAGGAUUGCAAGUGGGAUCUCCCUCAGGGCCUCCGUAUGGAACAGCUUCUCCACUGAGACCUGGAAUGCCCCAGUCCAUGAUGGAUCCGUUCCGGAAGCGCCUGGUUGUGCCACAGACCCAGCUGCCUCCAUCACUAACCCAAAGGCGAGGGUUGAAAAGGAGGAAGAUGGCAGACAAGAUCUUACCACAGAGGAUUCGUGAGCUAGUCCCAGAGUCUCAGGCCUACAUGGAUUUACUAGCCUUUGAACGCAAGCUGGACCAGACCAUUGCCCGCAAGAGGAUGGAGAUCCAAGAGGCAAUCAAGAAACCUUUGACGCAAAAGCGGAAGCUUCGUAUUUAUAUCUCCAAUACCUUUACACCUGGCAAGGAGGAAUCUGAAGGUGGUGAGCGCAUAGCUUCAUGGGAACUUCGUGUGGAAGGCAAACUCUUAGAUGAUCCAAGCAAACAGAAGAGGAAGUUCUCAUCCUUUUUCAAGAGCUUGGUCAUUGAGCUGGACAAAGAGUUGUAUGGCCCAGACAACCACCUGGUGGAGUGGCACCGGAUGCCCACAACCCAAGAGACAGAUGGCUUCCAAGUCAAGCGCCCAGGCGAUGUCAAUGUGAAAUGCACCCUGCUGCUCAUGCUGGACCACCAGCCUCCCCAGUACAAGCUGGAUCCCCGUUUGGCUCGCCUGCUGGGUGUCCACACGCAGACUCGCGCCAGCAUCAUGCAAGCUCUGUGGCUCUACAUCAAACACAACAAGCUCCAGGACAGUCAUGAGAGAGAGUACAUCAACUGCAACCGCUACUUUCGCCAGAUCUUUGGCUGCAUGCGCAUGCGAUUCUCUGAGAUCCCCAUGAAGCUGGCAGGGCUCCUGCAACAUCCAGAUCCCAUUGUUAUCAACCAUGUGAUCAGUGUGGAUCCUAACGACCAGAAGAAGACUGCCUGCUAUGAUAUUGAUGUGGAAGUGGAUGACCCCUUGAAGGCACAAAUGAGCAACUUCUUGGCCUCCACCACCAACCAGCUGGAAAUUGCCUCCCUGGAUGUCAAGAUCCAUGAGACUAUUGAGUCUAUCAACCAGCUGAAGACGCAACGAGAUUUCAUGCUGAGUUUCAGUAACAACCCCCAGGACUUCAUACAGGAGUGGAUCAGAUCUCAACAGAGGGACUUAAAGAUCAUCACUGAUGUGGUUGGGAACCCUGAAGAGGAGAGACGGGCAGAGUACUACCAGCAACCAUGGAUGCAGGAGGCUGUUGGGAGACACAUCUUUGCCAAGGUUCAGCAGCGCAGACAAGAACUGGAACAAGUGCUUGGUGUCCGCCUUACCUAGUACUGCCAUCUUCAGCAACCCUUCUGCACCUUGUGGUACUCUGGAAUGGACUGACAGGCAGAUAAUGUUCAUCAGGGCUGGGGGUGUUCUGCCUCCAUUGCUCUCAUUUGGGGAGGGGGGAGCUUAUCCAGUAUCCACCUGGGACUAUACAAGGCUUAAAGCCUCCUUUAGAGAGAAAAGGGAGCUCCUCUCCCCCAGCAGGCCCCUUGCCCUUCCUACGCGCUUUGCAUCUGGGACACUGGGAAUUUUUGAGUUGCCUUCUACCUCUUAGCCAAGUCUUAGCAGCCUCCUUUGCAAUGUAGGAAGGCUGCCACUGCUGCUCAACUUUAACCAAAGCUUUCUCCAUUCCAAACUGCCAGCCUUGCUGGCUGGUAUUUAGUCUUUGCACUAUCUUUUUUUGGGAGUAGGUUUUUGGUGGUUGUUUUUUGUAACAGAGGAAGUUUGUUAAUGUGUACUGAUGCCCUUCCACUCUAUGCAACUGCUGUUGUGGUUUUGAAGAGGGGCUUUUUUGCUCAGGCCUUUGCUGUUAAUGACAAUCCAUUGAUAUUUUUUCCUUGGUUCUCCAGCAUGAGAUUUAAAAGGCGAAUAGUGGAGACCAGUUCUUCUGUGGCCAGGCUACAUGUGCUGCAGGAAACAUUUCUGAGGCUAUUAGCCCAGGGGAGAUUAAGUGCCUUCGUUCCCCGAGCUCCUCAGCACUUAAACUAGAAUAUACUCUUCCUGCUUUCUGAUCCUUCUCUUGAAAUGUAGUUGGCCAAGUAGGAGCUGAUGGGAUGUUCACUUACUAUAAGCAAGAAUGUUACCAGUUUCUAUGUUGAAUGUUUUCUAAUAAAAAAACUUUUUAAGCAGCA